AUGGCCCGCAUCAAAUGCAAAAAGCUAACCCGCCGCCGCCAGGUCAAACGCACCGUCAAGCUCGUCACGACCCAACGAGUCGACCACUCCAUCCCCGCCGAAGCAGAAGGCUUCCCCAUGCGCGUCUGGGACGUCAACAUCUACCUCGUCGGCCCGGACGGCGACGACAUGCCCGCCAACUGCUACGAGAAAGCGACCUACAUGCUGCACGAGUCGUUCGGCAAGCGGCAGAAGCAGACGAUCAAGAGCCCGCCGUUCCGGAUCCAAGAGCAAGGGUGGGGCGAGUUCGACAUGCAGAUUACGCUGAGUCCGGUCGGGGGGCAGAAGGGCGGGGAGCAGACGAUCAGUCAUGAUUUGAAUUUUCAGCAUGAGCGGUAUGAGGCCGUGCAUAAUGUGACGUUCCGCAACCCCAAACCAGACCUCGUAGCCAUCCUCAAGGAGUCCGGACCAGUGGGUGAAGCCAACGGCGCCGCCGCCGCACCUCCCAAGCAGAAGCGCAAGCCCGCGAGCCGCAGCGUGGACAUGGAGAAGCUGGCCGAAGCGCUGCCGCAGCUGCAAGAAGACGACCUGCUGCAGAUCGUGCAGAUGGUGCAUGACAAUAAAACUGAAGAGACGUACACGAAGAACGAUCUCGAGAACGGCGAAUUCCACGUCGACCUCUACACCCUGCCCGACAACCUCAUCAAAAUGCUCUGGGACUUCACAUCCGGCAAAGUCGACAUGGCGACCGUCGCUUAG